AUGGAUAAUUGGGAAUUGGAAAAAAUAAAAAGCUUUGAUGCUUUAGAAACAAAAACAGCAAAAUUACCCUCAAUUGGUUUAGCAAAUGAAAAAAAAGAUAUAAAGAAUAAUAAAGAUAAAGAAGAUGAAAUAGAAUAUUUAUUAAAAUACUCCAAUAAUAAUAAUAAUAAAGAAUAUACUUUAGAUAAGAAAACUAAAAAUUAUAAUUGUGAUUCGGUUACAUCCUCAAACAUUAACGAUAAAACUCUUAAUGAUUUAGAAAUAUUAAAUAUUUUAGAAAAAAAAAGAUUGGAAAAUAUAGAAAAAAAAAGACUUAAAUUACAACAAAAGAUGAAACUAGGAAAUAUAUAA